AUGGCUCAGGAGAAGUCCCUCAUCCUGUUCCCACUGCUAGUCCUGGUGCUGGUAGUGCUAGGGUGUGUCCAGCCUUCCCUGGGCAAGGAAUCACGGGCCAUGAAGUUCCAGCGGCAGCACAUGGACCCAGACGGCAACUCCAGCAACAACUCCAAUUACUGCAACCAAAUGAUGAGGCGCCGGAAUAUGACACAGGGACGGUGUAAACCAGUGAACACCUUCGUGCAUGAGCCUCUGGUAGAUGUCCAGGCCAUUUGCCUCCAGGGAAAUAUCACCUGCAAGAAUGGGCAGCCCAACUGCCACAAGAGCAGCUCCAGCAUGAACAUCACAGACUGUCGUGUGACGAGUGGCUCCAAGUACCCCAACUGUGCCUACCGGACCAGCCAGAAGGAGAGGUACAUCAUUGUGGCCUGUGAGGGAAACCCGUACGUGCCCGUCCACUUUGAUGCUUCAGUUGAGGUUUCCUCCUGA